GACCUUUGCCGGAAAGGAUGCCACUGAGGAGUUCAACAUGAUCCAUCCCCCUGAUGUCAUUGGGAAGUAUGCUCCUGACUCCGUGAUUGGGAAUGUCGGCAGCGGUGUCGCUGUGGCUGGUGGUGCUGCACCAAAAGCCGGAGGUGCUCCAGCAAGGAAGGACAAGGGCGGUGCCUUGUCGAACCACCAUGCUUGGGGACAUUUGGAUGGCGCUGCCACCAACUGGCGAGUGGAUUUGGACGAGAAUCCAGGUGUGUUCAUUCUCAACAUCAAGUCUUACUUCAAUGCAACGUGGUUCCUCGUCCUGGCCAUCUUGUACGAAGUCUGCGCCACCAUUUUUUCUGCAAAGAACAUCAAGAUCUCCAAUGACCGUCUGGGACUGACACGUAGUGCAAUCUUGCUGAUCCUUUUCAUUGUGAUCCAUGCUGUUGGCAAUCUUCACGUCUUCAAAGGCCCAGAUGACUUCAACGGGUAUGGUUACUUCUAUGUGAGGCUGUACUGGACAGGUUUCGGGCUCCCUGCCAACAUCGUCGAGGAGUACAUCCUGUUGUCAGUGUUGCUGCACGUCUUUGUUGGCUUGAAGCGAACGUGGGACAUGAAGCUUGCCUUGGUCAGCACCCAGGGAAUCAACGUGCUGAAUCUUGCCAUUUCUGGCUUGAUGCUCCUGACUUUCAUGACCAUUCACUUGUUCCAAUUCCGAUUCGGUGACACAGAUCAGUUUGGCCCAUACUACAUUCGCCCACCUCCUUAUUUGAUCAACUUCUGGGGUAUUUUGAGCUUGAACCUCUUCUGGACAGAUGCUGACUACGUAACACCAGUUGGUGUUCGAGACAUUUACGCACUAGAGUUUCAGAUCUUCAAGAAUCCUCUGUGGUCCAUGUUCUACAUUUUCUCCGUGGGUGUCUUCAUGGUCCACGCGUGCUUGGGCUGGAAGAAAGUGACGCCUGUGUUGGGCAUUCCCAGAGGACACAUUUGGCGAGUAGAGAUCAUUGGUUACGCCAUCAUGAUCGUCAUGGGACUGGUUUACAUUUCUUUCCCGGUGUACGUUAUGAUGACGAAGCCCUUCAGCGGCUAUGAGGACAGCAUCCAGACCCCCGGAAGAAUUGAACAGUAGCUGGAAGACAGAUUGGUUUUCAUGCUUUGAUACCAAGCCGUGGCUAGAACUGGACCCUGAAGCACCCAAGGAGCCCUUUGGGACAUUGGGUCAGAUCCUGACUUACUGAGAGCUGCCUUUCAAGCAGAGCUUUUCCAAGUUCGCUCUCUGCAUAGAUUUCCAACAAUUACAGCUGAUCCUGGCAAUGCCAUUUUGCCGACUGGACUAGCUGCCUGCAAUCCAUAGACGUUUUUCUUACGGUGAGUCAGUAGUCACUACAGCCCAACACUCACUUCUCGUGUUGUCAUGAGACAAA